CCGCGCGGCCCGCGCUCCCGCCCGCGCGGGUCGGUUCCAGCCCCUUCCGUCGUCCCGGCCCCGCUGCUGUCCUCCGCCGGCCCGCGAGGGAGGACGAUGGGUCAGCGCGGAAAAAGUGAAUGAGGGCGGCGGCGGCGGCUGCGAGCGCCUGACUCGCGGGGCCCGAGCGCCGCCCGCGCUCCCCGCCCGCCGGCUCCAUGGACGCGCCGCGCGCCUCGGCGGCCAAGCCCCCGACCGGGAGGAAGAUGAAGGCUCGUGCUCCCCCUCCUCCCGGGAGGCCCACCACCCCCAACGUGCACAGAGGCCAGAGACCUCCCCGCGAUGCGUCCCCCAGCCCCCCGCAGAACCUGCUCAGCAGGAAGGAGACGCUGGACGGCAGGGUGGUGGCCAUGACCGUGGUGCUGCCUAGCGGGCUGGAGAAGAAGUGUGUGGUCAACGGGAGCCACGCGAUGAUGGACCUACUGGUUGAACUUUGCCUUCAGAACCACCUGAAUCCGUCCAACCAUGCCUUGGAGAUCCGGUCUUCAGAAACUCAACAGCCUUUGAAUUUUAAGCCAAAUACUUUGGUUGGGACCCUGAAUGCGCAUACCGUAUUUCUGAAAGAAAAAGUUCCUGAAGCGAAGGUUAAGGCUGGCCCCGCUAAGGUGCCUGAGAAGACGGUGCGCCUGGUGGUGAACUACCUGCGCACGCAGAAGGCGGUGGUGCGCGUGAGCCCCGAGGUUCCCCUGCAGAGCAUCCUCCCCGUCAUCUGCGCCAAGUGCGACGUCAGCCCGGAGCACGUGGUGCUCCUCAGGGACAAUGUGGCCGGCGAGGAGCUGGAGCUCUCCAAGUCCCUGAACGAGCUGGGGAUAAAGGAGCUCUACGCCUGGGACAACAAGAGAGUUCUUCUGACCAAAACACAGUCGGAGCCUUCCCUGAGCUGCCGAGAAACCUUUAGAAAAUCAUCACUUGGCAACGGUGAGACAGAUAAAGAGAAGAAAAAAAUUCUGGGAUUUUUCAAAGUUAAUAAAAGAAGCGAUAGUAAGGCAGAGCAACUCAGGCAGCCGGGGGUGGACAGCGAUGAGGAUGCCUCCAAGUCCACACUGGGAAGGGGCUCGAACGGCUGCUUGACGACCCCAAACUCCCCGUCCGUGAAUCCCCGUUCCACUACACUGGGUCCAUCGCUUUCCCUUGGCAACAUCUCAGGGGUGUCGGUCAAGUCAGACCUGAAGAAGCGCCGAGCACCGCCCCCUCCGUCCCUGCCCAGCGCAGGACCACCCGUGCAAGACAAGACGUCGGAAAAGGUGUCUCUGGGGUCACAGAUGGACUUACAGAAGAAGAAGAGGCGUGCACCAGCUCCCCCUGCAGCCCAGCCCCCGCCGUCCAGCCCGCUGGUGCCCCCCCGCACGGAGGGCAGGGAGGAGGACCGGAAGGGCAGGACGGGUGCCGGCCGGCAGGUGCCACAGAAGCCUCCCAGAGGCACUGCUCGGGGCCCCCCGCAGUUAGUGCUCCCCCCGCCCCCGCCCUACCCUCCUCCCGACACAGACGUGGCAGAGACUCUCGGCUUUCCUGGGGGAGGCGCUGUUUCCGAGGCCUCCGACCUGAGACCCACACUGAGCCUGCCCCUGGGGCCUGGCGGUCCCUGCGGUGUGGACGGGGUCCCGCCACUGCCGUCGGAGGCCGAGGAGACUGUGUCUGUUGGCAGCUGCUUUGCCUCAGAGGACACAACAGAGGACUCGGGAGUGAUGAGUUCCCCCUCGGACAUCGUGUCCCUGGAUUCCCAACACGACAGCACGAAAUCCAAAGACAAGUGGGCCACAGACCAGGAAGACUGCAGUGACCAGGACCUGGCUGGGACCCCAGAACUGGGCCCCCAGAAGAGCCCCUCGUGGGAUAGGAGUGGCUCUGGGAACUGGCAUCUGAGAAGUGGAAAAGUUGCUCCAGCCUCACAUGAGGAUGAAGACCUAUUCAUGACUGGCCAGUUCCAGAAAACCCUUGCAGAACUGGACAAAGAGCUGGAAGAAAUCGAAGAAAGCUAUGAAACCGACUCGAGCUUCCUCACCAACUGCAUACACAGCAUGUCCGGUCGCUGCCCGCAAGGCACCGUCAUCCCCGACGGCGAUACCGAGGCAAUCCCAGUGACAUUCAUAGGGGAGGUUCUCGAUGAUCCCGUGGACUCGGGGGCAUUUACCAACAGAAACAACAACGCUGGCUCCUUCGACGCUGGGAGCACAGCCAGCAAGAAGGCCCAGCUGCCGCCGUGCCAGGCCGAGCACAGCCAGCAGCACGGGCAGAGGAGGGCGGCGGGGCCUGGCUCACCCGCUCCUUCCCAGGACCCUGGGAGAGAAAUCAGAGUGGCCUCGACCGACACCUGGAAGGAUGCGACUCCCAGUAAAAUGGUGCCCAAGGCAACUUCUGCUUCAGCGCUUCACACGCACGACCUGAACGCGAAGGAGGAAGGCAAGGCGGCCGGCUCUGCUCAUGGCGGGAGGACCCUGGCCCCCAGGAGGGUGAGCACGCAGCCAGGGAAGGAAAAGGAAGGAGAUGAUAAAAAUGACGUCUGGACACCACCGCCGUGGUAUCGAGGCCAACACCCAGGGGGGAGUUACGGGCUUAAAUAUGGCCUCACAACGUAUAAAAUCGUCCCUCCAAAGUCAGAGAUGAAAUGCUAUGACCGGGGAGCAUCCCUCUCCACGGGUGCCAUCAAGAUCGACGAGCUGGGGAACCUGGUGAGUCCCCACACGAAUGCCGGCAGGACCAUAGUCCCGACGUCGCCCACUCUGGAAGCAGAAGCCCCGCCCAUUGGAAAAGUCAAAGAAUUCUGGAGGUCCAACUCUAUAGAAAAACACUCUGGCCGGCCCACAGAGGGGGCCAAGACCCCCACCACGCCCACGAAUCCGCAACCUCAAGAAAGCAGACUCAGAGUGGAGCCCACUUCCCCAGACCCCAAAGCGACACUGCCCGGGCCCCGGUCCCCCAACCCAGAAGACGGGAGACCUCUGGAGGAGGGCAGAGGCUGGCCAGUCCCAGCAGCUGCCUGUCCCCUGAAAGUGCCAGCUAACACCGCAGACGUCCCGUUUCUCAAACCUCAGAGAAGAACAUCCAGCCAGUACGUGGCCUCUGCCAUUGCCAAGCGGAUAGGGACCCCGAAAGUCCACACUGACGUGGGGAGGAAGCCUGGUGAUGCCCAGAGGACAUGUGAAGGCAGAGCGCCCGAGCCAACUGGACGACCUCCCAUGAUGAAGGAUGGCACCACCCCCAGCCUGUACCCAGAGGCAGGCGUGCGUCACAGUGGGGACGAAUCGGCAGCAGGGGCCCAUCCCGGAGGGCAAAUCGGCAGCCCUUAUGGGAAGCUAUCUACUCAAGACGGUCCCACUGGCAUCCGCAGAACUUCCCAUGGACCACUAAUCACAGCUGCCCAGAGGGAUCAGGCUGCCGUGGGACAGAACUGUGGUCUCAGUGGAGAGCAAAGCCCAGGCAAACACAGGACCAGCUCGGCAUCUGAUCCCAAGUGCCAGCCGGCCGGCACGAGCCCCCCUCCCGCUCGCUCGGGAGGUGAUCAGACUCCAGGCUGUGCCCUGGUGAAUGGCUCCAGGUGGGUCUCCGUCCACAAAGAGCCUCUUCACUCUCCGAGUGUGUCUGAUACAAGUAGCCACGCUGGACGGGAGCCCCCAGAAUGGGAGGAAAAGCCGGGUUUGUCAAGCACAGAUGUACUUGAAGCCGAUGGUACCUUGCCAGCCAGUAUCUUUGGGCCAAAGAAGAAAUUCAGACCUGUGGUCCAGAGGCCAGCCCCGAAAGACACAUCCCUGCACAGCGCCCUCAUGGAAGCCAUCCACUCGGCGGGAGGGAAGGACAGGCUUCGCAAGACUCCAGAACCCGGCUCAGAGGGAGGUCCGAAGAAACCAUCCUACACAGAGGCAGACAGCGAGCGCUCAGCCCUGCUGGCAGCCAUCCGUGGGCACAGUGGCACCUGCAGCCUGAGGAAGGUGACGUCCUCCGCCUCUGAGGAGCUCCAGAGCCUCCGCGAUGCCGUGCUGUCUGCACCCGGGGCAGAACCCCCGGGGCUAGAAGACCUUGGGAUCCAGUCCCCACCCGCCCUGCCGCCGCCGCCGCCCCCGUCCCCUCCGGUCACCCAGGCUCCCACCGCAUCCCGGACGGCGUCCAGGUCCAGCGCGGGCCCCCUCAGCAACCCAGUGGACGCCAGGCAGGCCUUGAUGGACGCCAUCCGCUCAGGCACAGGGGCCGCGAGGUUGAGAAAGGUGAGGAUGCGUGACUGCGCGUGCGCGCUCGCGUGGGCAGAUGCGCGCUCAGCAUGGUGCGAAGUCGCUGCCAAACUGGCUCCUGGGAUGCCGGGAGGGCUCCAGUGCACUCCUAACCCCUGCGCGCGUUUCCACCACCCACGGCUGCCUCUGAUGCAGGACGGCCACCUGUCAUGCAUCCUGAAGGGCCUGCACCACACUCAUGGCCUCCAGCCGGGGUCCAGAAGACAGCAUAAAUGGAUUCCCAAAGUGAAAGGGGCUUUGGGCCAGAUGGAUUUUGAGAUCUCCUUUAACUCCAAAACGAUUCUGUGCAUGGACUGA